AAGUAAACAUUUUGUACGUCUUUCAUCAUUUAAAAAAAUUUGUAAGCCACAUCUGGUAAGAUUUUUGUUCAUUAGGAUUUUUUUUGUAAAACUAUCUGUAAUGGCACAGAGCAGAGGUCGCGGCGGCGGGGUGAUGCGGCCAUGGCUUCGCGGCGCGUGACGCGCAAGUGGGAGGUGUUCGCGGGACGGAACCGCUUCUGGUGCGACGGCCGCCUCAUGACGGCGCCCCACCCUGGCGUGUUCCUGCUCACGCUCGCGCUCAUCUGCGGCACGUGCGCCCUGCACUUCGCCUUCGACUGCCCCUUCCUGGCCGCGCGCGUGUCGCCCGCCGUGCCCGCGGCCGGCGCGGCGCUAUGCGCGCUGACGCUGGCGGCGCUGCUGCGCACGGCGCUGUCCGACCCCGGCAUCAUCCCGCGCGCCGCCGCGGCCGAGGCGGCGGCGCUGGAGGCGGCCGAGGCGGGCCGGCCGCCGCGCGCGCGCGCGAGGUGCUGGUGCGCGGCCGGCCCGUGAAGCUCAAGUACUGCUUCACGUGCAAGAUGUUCCGGCCGCCGCGCGCCAGCCACUGCUCGCUGUGCGACAACUGCGUGGACCGCUUCGACCACCACUGUCCCUGGGUGGGCAACUGCGUGGGCAAGCGCAACUACCGCUACUUCUACACGUUCGUGGUGUCGCUGUCGUUCCUGGCCGUGUUCGUGUUCGCGUGCGCCGUGACGCACGUGGCGCUGCUGGCGCGCGGCGCGGGGCUGGGCCCGGCCCUGCGCGCCACGCCCGCGUCCGCCAUCGUGGCCGCCGUCUGCUUCCUGUCCGUGUGGUCGGUGCUGGGGCUGGCCGGCUUCCACACGUACCUCGCCUCCACGGACCAGACCACCAAUGAAGACAUUAAGGGUUCGUUUUCAACACGCCGUGGCGUGUCAAAUCCGAACCCGUAUUCACGCGGCAACGCAUGUGCCAACUGCUGGCACGUACUAUGCGGUCCGCUGGCGCCCAGCCUCAUAGACCGGCGAGGCGUCUUCACCAUCGACGUCAAGGACGAGCUGCCGCCGAGCUUCGCGCGAGCUCUCAGCGCCGCGCCCCCCGCCGCGCCCUCGCCGCCCCUCGCGGCCGCGGCCCCGCCGCUGGGCGGCAGCUACAGCAACCUGUUCGAGAGCGGCUCGCCCGUGCGCCACGCCUACAUGAACCGCUCGCUGGAGCUGGAGCCCGUGUCGGCGCAGCCCGUGUCGCUGCAGCCGGGGCCGCUGCAGCCGGGGUCCCUGCAGCCGGGGCCGCUGCAGGCCGCGCCGGGCGGCCUGAGCGCCUCGCGGCUGCGCCUGCUGCACGACACGACGAUGAUAGACGCGGCGCUGGACCUGGACGAGCCCGAGCCGCCGCCGCACCUGCCGCGCGGCCCGGCGGCGCCCGUGCACCUGGCGCCGCGCGGCCCGGCGGCGCCCGUGCAUCUGGCGCCGCGCGCGCUGGCGGCGCUCUGA